AGCACCCUCCCAAUCACUCAUGAAAUUAUUCCAUGUGUUUCCCAAAUCAGACGUAAGUUGAGCCACCGAUGACAAGGAUAACUCUGGGAGAAGUGGUUUCAAUAAUAGAGCGUCUGGCAGGCCGGCGGGGAGCGCGCAUCGGAGAUAUCGUCAACUACAUCGAGGAUAACAUCCACCACUCGGUCAUACACCGGAGGUUAGACAGCGCGGUGAAGGAAGGCAUUUUGGAGAAAAGAGGAGACCGCUUCAAAUUGGCAAAAUGUUUGACAUCGGUGAGAAAAACGAGGAAAAGUCCAAGGUUGGCAGUACGUUGCCUGAAAACAUACAUACCUCAACGUCAUAGAAACACCAAUCGAAAACACCCAAAGAAAAGUAAACGUGUGGCACAACCACCGGGCUACAAUGGAGAGCAAUCUGUUUCCAGAAUCACUUCUCAAAGAACUUUUCCUUCAACCAGUACUUUCCAGUCACUUAUCUUUGGACAACCAACCAAGAGAUGUAGUGAAGAAAAUGUAACUGACGACAUGUCAUCCUGUUACCAAGAUUCCAGCAGAUCGAAAGCGUCCAACUCCUCCCGACUGGCCAGUGCUCGGGAUUCUGUAGAGAUGUUAAGAGAGCGUCGUCUCUCCAAGUCCAAAGAAGCGGACCAUAACUCUUCUGAGUCCACCAUUCAUAGUUUAUUCUGCAAAACUAGGGCUAUGCUCCCUUUCGCAUUCUGGUAACAUUAUUUAAAAUUCCGCUAUUGUAAAAGAACAAACCUGUUGAAUAAAUGUGGCACUUAAAUUCA